CGUUCAGCUUCUUCAAUCAAGCACUUGUAUCUAAGGUACAACAACAUUUAAACAAGUAAAAUACCUUGUUUCCACCAAGUGUUUAAAGUUUAGUCGAUUUUUCUCUUGCAAACUUUUGAAUUGAUAGAAUUAAUUUGGAGACAAAUUUUCGAGGAAACAUUCAUGAACAACUAAAGAUUUUAGAGAUAAUUUCAAGAUUAAGUGCAUUAUUUUAAGCAAUGUUAAGUGAAGGUUUCCUCUUGGCAAUCCCUUACUGGAAUGAAUCAAUUAGUAACAGCAGAAGUGAAGAAGGGGAACAGAAGCGCUCAAACCCACCAGAAAAUAACAUGAUGCAUGAAAUGUCUUUGAUUUCUAAUUUAACACCCGUUCCACAAUCUGACAUGCAAAAUGGAGCCUUCUCACUGCUUAAAAAGUGCAAAUCCUUCGGAAGAUCCUUCAUACUGGGUUUACAGGAAAGAAAAGAUAAUCCUUCACCACAGGUCUUGAAGACAACACCAGUUGAAAGACAAACAUCACAUGUUGUAGACAUUCCAGGAAGCUCUAGUGCCACCAGAGAAACCUAUUUAGUUCCUCCUUGUUGUAAAAGUAUUUGCGACAAUUACAAUGACCUGCAGAUUGCAGGCGAUCAAGUGAUGCCAAUCAGUUUAGAAACGUCUGGUUUGACUUCCAAAAGCAGUAACGAAUUUUACGUGGCCCCUUUCCUGUAUUCUUCAGAAAUCCCACUGCCAACCGAGUCUCCUAAAUCGUCCGUUGAAUUCCCGCACAAGCCAGCCAAUAGUGACACUUGCUGUUGGCGAGCUGGCAGCGGUAAAGAUAAAAGCAUCAUUCAGCAUUCACUGCCACUUACUAACUCUGUGCUCAAUGACUACCUGGAACAGAAAGUCAUGGAGCUGUACAAGCAGUACAUGAUGGACAGCAUGUUGAACAGUGCAUCACCAACAAAAAUUAUGGCAUCAGAACUUAUAAUGAGCAAUGUUGACCAAAUCAGCAUGCAGAUAUCUCGAGAGCAGAAUAUGGAAACUACAAAGGCUAAAGAUAUUGUCAUCAGCUAUCUGUUGCGACUUGCCAGCGAGAUUCAAUCGAGUGAAAUCAGCACCCCAAAUUUACAGAUCUCUUCAUGAAUUAUAUCCUUUAAAUUGUUCAACCAGGUUGUAAAUCAGAGCUACCAAGAGGAUACACAGUUAGAUUUCCGACUUUAGCAUUUCCAGUUUGGACAGAGCACCUGAGCAGAGCAGGGACUAGGAUUGUGUCCUCAAUUUCAUUUGUUUUCGUAGGCUGUCUUGUCGC